AGAGCUGAACCGCAAUCAACUGAAGAUCAUUGGCAAGAAACUGCUGAAGGGGCUUGCACAACUCAGAUACUUGCAGCUGGAUGAGAAUCAGAUAACAUGCAUCGACGAGCAGGCGUUCAAGGGUCUCAGUCUGCUGGAGAUUCUGACUCUGACGAACAACAACAUCACGACCGUGUGGCGUGGCACCUUCGAGACGACGCCGCGCCUGCGCGCCCGGGGAUUCGGGCAACAAGUUGAUCUGCGACUGCCACCUGGCUUGGCUGGGCCGCAUGCUGGCCGCGGCGCCGCACCUCGCCCCCUACGUGCGCUGCUCCUCGCCCUAUCGCCUCAAGGACCGCCUCGUCACGGAGGUGCUCGACCAAGAGUUCAAGUGCACCGGGCUGGUGGACAGCGUGGACCGCGGGUGCUCGCUGGCCCCCGUGUGCCCCCGGGCGUGCCGCUGCGGCGUCGGGAUCGUCGACUGUCGGGACACCGGCCAGACCCACGUGCCCACGCACAUCCCCGACGACACCAUUGAGCUGCGCUUGGAGCACAACGAGAUUCGACAUGUUCCCUCCAAGAUCUUCACGCCCUACCGGCUCCUCAAACGCAUCGACCUCAGCAACAACGAGAUCUCCGAAGUGGCCGAGGACGCCUUCCACAGCCUCAGCAACCUCAACUCCUUGGUUCUCUACGGAAACAAGAUCACCACGAUUUCCCCGAGGGUCUUCAGGGGCCUCACCAACCUCCAGCUCCUGUUGCUCAACGCGAACCAGAUCGAGUGCGUCCACGCGGAGGCCUUCAAGGACCUGCGCAAGUUGAGCCUCUUAUCUCUCUAUGAUAAUAAGAUCAUGAGCUUUGGCAACGGAACAUUUGCUCCUCUUGUAAACAUCCAGACUAUGCAUUUGGGGGCCAACCCGUUUGUGUGCGACUGCAACUUGGCUUGGCUGGCGUCCUACCUGACCGAAAACCCCAUCGAAACGUCGGGGGCUCGGUGUCAGGAGCCAGCCAAGCUCUCCCGGAAGCCCUUCAAUCGGCUGAAACAGGAGAGUUUCAAAUGCAACAAUGAAUUACGGUCGCGCUAUAACGGUCGCUGCAACGAGGCCGACCUUUGUCCCGCCCAGUGUCGCUGCGAAGGGACGCGGCUGGACUGCUCGGGCCGUGACUUGACGUCUUUGCCCACGGACAUACCUCCAGCCACCACCCACCUGGACCUGAGUUACAAUCAGCUCUUCUCGCUUGAUGGGACCACAAGUCUUGCUGAGCUCAAGGAACUCACCCAUCUCGACCUCUCCCAUAACCGCCUCACUUCCCUCAGCCCGGAUUUCUUCAGGGGGACAAGAGCGCUCACGCAUCUCAACGUCUCCCAGAACAAGCUGGUACAGAUGCCUGAGUCCGUAACGCGAAGGCUUAAGGCCCUGACCCAGCUGGACCUCUCCGGGAACCACAUCUCCUGCAUUUCACGGCGGAUCAGUAGUCACCUUCCACGUCUGUCCAAGCUAGACAUGUCAGCGAACCCUCUCAACUGCGACUGCCGCGCCUCAUGGCUGUCUGAGUUCGUGAUGAUGCACGAGGGCUCCACGUCCCCCACCUGCCACCUGCCAGAAAGCCUCAGAGACACGCCAGUCACUGAGCUUCAGGAGUCGCAGCUCACGUGUAGGGAAGAUGAAAACAACGAGGAUGACUGUGCGGGUUCUGUGUACUGCCCACCUGAGUGCCAGUGUCGUGGCACUGUAGUGAGGUGCUCGCGGUCACAUCUCACCCAGAUCCCUCGUGGUAUACCGCCAGACACCACCGAGCUGUAUUUAGACGUCAAUGAGAUAAAGAGCGUCGACCCAGAGAGGUUGAAACAUCUCAAGGUUCUGAAAAGGCUAGACCUAAGCAACAACCAGAUUACCAUACUGUCCAACAAGACCUUCUCAGAGCUCAAACAACUUUCCACUCUGAUUGUUUCAUAUAAUAAACUUGGUUGUAUGGAGAGGGAUGCUCUGCUUGGACUCAAAGCUCUGAGAAUUCUCUCUCUGCACGGGAACGACGUCUCGUUUAUUCCAGAGGGAACAUUCAGAGACCUAGAGACCAUCACACACAUUGCACUUGGAGCCAAUCCGCUUUACUGCGACUGUUCGCUGGCUUGGCUGGCCAAGUGGGUGAAGGGAGACUUCGUGGAACCAGGAAUUGCUCGUUGUGCCGACCCGCGACCCAUGCGGGACAAGUUGGUUCUAACGACCCCUCCGGAAAUGUUUACUUGUACAGAGAAAGUACCAGAUGAUAUACUCGCUAAGUGUGACUUGUGUUACACUCGGCCGUGCCAGAACGGAGGGACGUGUAGGUCAGGCCCUGGUCAACAGUAUGAAUGUCGGUGCGCCGCUGGCUUCCACGGCCCGGAGUGCCAGUACAAGAUAGAUGCAUGCUACGGGAACCCCUGUGACAAUGGCGGUACUUGCAAAGUUUUUGAGACCGGGAGAUAUGCGUGUCACUGCCCCACCGGGUUUGAAGGAGGACGAUGCGAAGUGAACAUCGAUGACUGCGACGGCAACAAGUGCUCCAACAGCGCUGUGUGCGUCGAUGGCAUCAACUCCUACUCGUGCACUUGCCCGCCAGGCUUUAUGGGCGAAUACUGCGAAAGAAAGAUUUCUUUCUGCUCAAAGGAAUUCAACCCUUGCAAGAAUAGUGCCACCUGUGUCGACCAUGGCACGGGGUAUGAGUGUCAAUGCGCCCUUGGCUGGUCUGGGAACAACUGUACGGAAAACCUAGACGAUUGUGCCAAUCACAUGUGUCAGAACGGCGGCCAGUGCGUCGACGGCGUCGGCGACUACGAGUGCAAGUGCACCGGGGACUGGAGCGGCAGGUACUGCGAGCUCGGCCCCUCCGUGCUGCUGCAGACGGAGCCGUGUCUGCAGCAUGACUGUCGCCACGGCGUCUGCGUCGUGCCGAGGGGGAAGAUGGAGUAUGUUUGCAAAUGUUCACCUGGGUACUCAGGAAAGUACUGCCAGCACAUGACUGCAGUCAACUAUAUAGAUUCCAGCAGCUUUAUCCAGCUCAUCACGCCCCCGUUCCGGCCAUCCAUCAACGUGACCAUCAGCUUCACGACGCGGUCGCCCAACGGCGUCUUGAUGUAUCACGGAAAGGAGCGGAAGCAUCUCGCUGUCGAGGUGUUCAAAGGACGGCUAAGGAUCAGCUAUGAUGUUGGUAACCACCCAGCCUCAACGAUGUUCAGUUACGAGCUAGUAAGUGAUGAGUCCGAGCAUACAGUCGAGCUCCUCUCCGAGCGCCAGAACUUCACUCUGCGCGUCGACGGAGGCGUGGCGCGAUCCAUGGUGAACGCCGGAGACUUGGAGUAUCUCGAGGUAGACACACCCCUGUUCCUGGGUGGUGUCCCCCCCGACGUCGCCAGACAUGCACAGGCACAGUGGCAUCUGAGGAACUCCACCAGUUUUCAAGGUUGCAUGAGCAGAGUUGUAGUGAAUGGCCGAGUGCAAGACUUUGCGGAAAGCGAGAAGCAAAACAAAGUGGUACCUGGGUGCGGUGAUGCAGAGCAACGCGACCAGGAGGUUGACAGGAUAAAUCAGAAAGCAACAACCACUCCCAGAGCUAACAGGCGCAAAAGUUCCAAAAACAAAGACGCGUGCGCCGCUAACGAGUGCGUGAACGGCCAGUGCCGGCCGCGCCGCAAGGGUGGAUAUCGGUGCAGGUGUAAGAAGGGCUGGAGUGGCAAACUCUGUAACCAAGCCCCUUCAUGCAGCAAGGAAGCAGAAAAGGCCUACGUGUAUGACUACGGCUGCCGUUCACGUCGCCCGAUCAGGCAGUUCACAUGCAAGGGCUCGUGUGGCACUGACUGCUGCGAGCCCAGGCGAUAUCGCCAGAAGCGUGUGGCCAUGAUCUGCAACGACGGAACAAAGUACAUGAAAGAAGUGGAUAUUGUGCGAAAGUGUCGGUGUUCCCGAGGUUGCAGAGGCAUAUAAUAUGCAGAGAAACAAGAAUUGUCAGUGAAACCAUAGACGUAUUUUUGAACUCCAUAGACCUGGUCCGUAUUCGUAGUAAAGACAGAGGAAACAUUUAAUAAAACUUGUAACCAGACACUUACAUAUACUAUAUACAAAUACAUUUACAGUUUGUGUUUACAUAGUACUUACAGUGCGGGUAAUCUGUAAUUGUGUGUUGUUGAAAAAGAAAGAUAUGGUUGGGAUAGGACUAAAUAACCUGGCAAAUUUACUUGCUUAUAUUGUAGAGCAUCUACAUACUCCAAAACAAGCUUUACGUGCAGUGAAAAUAUUUGUGUAAAUAGUCAUACUUAUAGUAAUAUGUUCGAUAAUGUGUCUCAUUAAGAUAAGCUUUAUAUGAUUAAUCUUAAGCCUAAACUUUAUUCAGGAAUUUUCUGUUGGAAGUGUGGUGGCCAUGUUUAAGAAGACGGAAAUGAGAUAUCUAACUGCUUAAAAGUCUUCAGUGGUAAGCAAGCAGAUACAAGAAUGCUACAAUUAUUAAGUGUACUUUACGGAGCCCAUCCUUUGAGCUGAAGGAAGUAGAGUACAUGAACCAUAGUAGUGAUAAGGAAGAGAGACAACUCAUCCGUAAUCCUUAAAAAUAUUACACAAAUAACCGAACGGCGAUGCUCUUACAGUAUACAACAGAACAUUUUCGUCACCAGGGCGAAUGUAUACACAGUACUAUCAUAUUUAAAUAUCCAUAGACCAGGUUCUCUAGAAUGAGCUUUGCUUGAUACUCUGAGAGACCUAUGAUGUGGGCACUGGACAUGUCCUGCAGAAGCAUUUAUUACCAACCUAUAAACCUUCGUGUUAACUGAUAUGUGGCGUGUUCGCUCAGCCGAACUGACAUUAUAUAAUACUUGAAAACGUUUCUUAAAUGCAAUUGUUGCUCAGAAAACGUUCCUCUAUGAUACCACAGGAUUGGUCAUCUCCUCUGCUGACUUUUAGGAAAGAAGUACGAACAAAAAAUCUGACAAGGUAUGGAAACCGAUCCAUCCAUCGUUCAAGACAUUUGAUUUUGGAAUCAUAAUUUUUCUGACAUAGAUUCCCCAGGAGGAUGGGGUCAAGGAAGAUAUGGGAGAGUGGAAGAUAGUAUCCCAAUAGUCAGCUCCAGAGCUUCACCCUCACCUGCCUCCAGUAGAAUAGGCCCAGUGUGUUGCGUCAAAAGUGCUUCCUCGACUGGUCAACAUGCUGCUUGCUGGUACAUGAUCAACGCCCUGUAUUUACCUUCGUCCAGUAUUGGUGUUGCAAGUCAGUGUUGUCCCCCUGUGUGUGUGCUAUAGGAACUCCAAAAUGCGGAUAGCAAGCGAUUUUUCCUCCAUGUCGCUGCCAUUCGUUUUCUUGUAAAAAAAGAUCCUAAAAUACAAUAAAUAUGAAGUUCUGUAGCAUAUAUGUAUAUUUAAAAAGCAUCUCUUAUCCGUGUAUUUUAUUUUAUAUCAAGUAUUCAUUUAUGGGCAAUGAUCAGGAAUAGAAAGUCUUCUUUAAGCUUUGUAUGGCUUCAUUAUGAUAUACUUCUAAUGAUAGCAAAUAAUUAUAUAUAAAAGUCCACAACUGUCAUGCUAGUUACAAGCUCAUUCUGUCCAGAAUUUCCAAAUGUUAUGUAAGAUUAAGGUUUAUCAUCCGACAAGUUGCCACAUUGGAACAACCACAAAAUUUUAAUAAGUUGCCAAUUUUCCCAUGGGUUAAUUCACCAGUAUAAUUGAUUUUUAUAUAUUUGACAUCAACAUGCAUGAAUUAACCGUGUACAUUGGUGUAACCUGCAUGGGCCAAAAGCUGAAUAUGAAGAGCACCCAAACCCAACGUAUCCCUAAUAAUCUCAGCAAAGAGAUCCUCUGCGAUGGAAACUGUCUGGAAUUGGCCUUAAUGUCUACAUAAUGUUAGGAUUUGAUUAAUAUGAUGUCUGUACAAAAUACAUUAGGAAUGGUUACAUACCAUGAAUCUCGUGUGCACACAUGUUGUAGAAUCAGAAAUGUGUUUUUGUCAGGCAAGUACCUCUCUUCGGGUGCAGUUGCAAGAGAACCAGAUUUGUUAAUCCGAACUUCCUUAUCCUUACACCUAUUAUAUUGUACUGGCCUUUAGAAUUAUCCGUGGAUCAGUGUAAUGAUCAAAAUAUUAGUCUGGGAAAUACAAAGAUGUGUGUGUGUGUGUGUGUGUGUGUGUGUGUGUGUGUGUGUGUGUGUGUGUGUGUGUGUGUGUGUGUGUGUGUGUGUGUGUGUGUGUGUGUGUGUGUGUGUGUAUGAAUGUAUUGUGUAAUUUAUUUCCCAAUUUAUCAGUGUACCUUUCAGAGAGGAUAAUCAUCCUAAGUAUUUAUUCAUUAUGGGUGUUGCUUUGUCCAACUGGUUCUCUUUGUGCAUCUCUAUUACCGAAGAUAAAGUUUCUUAUAAGAUACUAUAAAACUAUUGUGGUCAAUUUCUUCCUUGACAGAAUCAUUUUUCAGGCAAUAGUAAGUGAUUGUUAAUACGAACACUACCAGCUAUGAUAAAAAAUUGAACACAUUUUGAGCUUUGUGAGGCUUAAUGAUAAUGAUAUAUAAAUCAGUUCUUAUAUUUAGUCAGUUACUGCUUAAAACAUAAGAGAGAGGGAGUAUUUGGAACUUAUAUGCAGUAUGAUGUGUUGCAGUCUUGCAUGGGCCACAGCGAGCCCAGGGUAAAUGAAAGGGCUUGCAGUUUCCAUGUGUUACCCAAAAUUAUCUGCCAUCUGUCCACAGUAAUCUGUAACCUCGCAUUCGGUAUAAGUAUUCCCCCGCACCCGUGCCGCCUGAGCUGCGCUGGACGUGCCGAGAUGAGGCUCUGCCGUCAUGCUGCUCUGCCCCUCUCCUGUGUGUAGGCAGGUUGAGUUGCCGUUGAUGUACACAUUCUUUUCUUAACAUUUGUUUAAUGUGUCAAGGAUUAUUUAGCUGAAUCAUACAGUGCAUAGAUUUGGUCUUCAGCAUUUUCCUCUAGACAAAAGAAAGAAGAAAAAGAAAAAAAAAGAAAAGAAAAGAAAUUCCGUAUUUUUUCUUGAUUCUUAAGCUUACCAUAGGGUUAUGAAAUAUUUGUAAAAUAUAUGUAGAUACUGGAUAUUAUAUGCAUAGAGGUUUAUUUUUAUGUUCAAAAGUGUAUGGUUCCAACAUUUGGCCAUCCACAGCAAAAUGUCCCAAAAAACAAACAUUGAUACCGAACAUGCUUGUCGUGCCAUAGCUUACCGUGGACCCUCUGGAUAUGUAACGUGUCAAACUCUUAAUGUGUUCAUCAUCUAUGUGUAAUAAAACGUAGACUACAA